GAGUAUCAUCAUUCCUACAACACAACCAGGCCAGAGUCCAGACCCUCGGACUUCGAACUUACGCCCCUCGACCAUCUCAAGUUCUCAACAUUUCCAACCCUUCUUGGGUCAUCUCCUCAACUGCUAGAGCUACUAGUCGCUCGGCAUUCAUCCAUGGCGGCAGCUAUCAGAGCUCUCCUUGUUGCCGCACUGACCACCGCGGCGCUGUUCGGCACGGCGCUCGGCGCCAGCUACACAGUCGGCGCACCGGCCGGAUCGUGGGACCUCCGAACAAACUACACCCAAUGGACUUCCAGCAUCAGGUUCUACACCGGCGACGAGCUCCGGUUCCAGUACCCCGCUGCAACGCACAACGUGGUGGAGGUGACCAAGACGGCCUACGACAACUGCAGCAGCUCUAGUCCCAUCGCCACGUUCCCGAGCGGCAACGACGUAAUCCCGCUCGCCGCCGUCGGGACCCGGUACUUCAUCUGCGGCCUGCCCGGGCACUGCGCCGGUGGCAUGAAGAUACAGGUCAACGUCGAGUCGAAGGUAGUGAGAUGCCGAGGGAGAGGGGCGAGGCAACGGUGCAGACAGACAACGCCACCGGCGAGCUCGGCGCCUCAGGCUGGUUCUGAGCCUGUGCUAGCGCUAGGGCUAGGCGCCGUCGUGGCUGGUUUGAUGCUUUUCUUCUAGUCAACAACGACAGCGCCACGCAAUGGCGCCAUUAUAAUUUUCCCUCUUUCUCCUUUUUCUCGUGAUUGAUCAUGCCUGCAUGAUUCUCUGUAUAGUAAACUAUAUCAUUUAUUUAUUUAUUAUAUGUAAUUCUUUUCCCAAUACUUAUUAUUAUAUGUAAUUCAAUUUGUCAUAA